CACUCUUUUUUCCAAAGCAGGAUGGAAGUAAUUGCUCAGAUAGUCUUACAAAACUUGAGCUCUUUUGCUCAAGAGGAGUUUGGAAUCAUUUGGAAUCUCAAAGAUGACGUACAGCAAAUGAAGAGCACAGUAUCUGCAAUAAAAGCUGUACUCCUGGAUGCAGAGGCAAAGACCAACAACCUUCAAAUCAGUAAUUGGUUGGAGGAGCUGAAAGAUGUGCUUUACGAUGCAGAUGACUUGCUCAAUGAUAUUUCCUCUGAAGCGAUGAAAAGAAAAGUGAUAGGUUCUAGCACAGUCUUGAGAAAGAUACAGAUUUUCUUCUCCCAAGAAAACCAAAUUGCCUAUAGUUUUAAAUUAGGUCAUCAAAUGAAAGCAAUCCAGAAGAGGCUAGAUGCAAUUGCUAAAAACAAGAUUACUUUGCAAUUGACAGACCGUCCUUUGGAGACUCCAAUUGCAUAUAGGGAGCAGAGACAAACUUACUCUUUUGUGAGAGAAGAUGAUGUCAUUGGGAGAGAGGAGGAAAAGAAACUUCUUAAAAGUUAUUUGCUAGACACCAAAGUGAGUGUGAUAGACAAUGUGUCUGUACUUGCCAUAGUUGGGUUUGGAGGACUAGGUAAGACUGCCCUUGCUCAACUUGUUUUUAACGACAAUGCUGUCCAGUGCUAUUUUGAGCAAAAAAUGUGGGUGUGUGUCUCAGAUGAAUUUGACAUGAGGAAAAUAGCUGAAAAGAUGAUUGGGAAUGAUAAGAAUAGUGAGAUUGAGCAGCUGCAGCAAGAUCUCAGAAACAAAGUUCGUGGAAAAAAGUUUUUGCUUGUGCUGGAUGACGUGUGGAAUGAGGAUAGGGAACUGUGGCUUAAAUUGAAGAGCUUAGUUGUGGAAGGAGGUAAGGGGAGUGCCAUAAUUGUAACAACACGUAGUAGGACCGUGGCGAAAAUAAUGGCCACACAUCCACCCCUUUUCUUGAAAGGUCUUGAUUUAGAAAGAUCUUGGAAGCUAUUCUCUCGAGUGGCUUUUGAUGAGGGGAAAGAACCAAAUGAUUUGGAGUUGUUAGCCAUGGGAAGGGAUAUUGUUCAAAAAUGUGCUGGGGUUCCCCUGGCCAUAAGAACUAUUGGCAGCCUCUUGUACUCUCGAAACUUGGGCCGGAGUGAUUGGCUAUAUUUUAGUGAAGUUGAGUUUUCAAAGAUAGAUCAACACAAGGACAAAAUCUUUGCAAUCCUUAAACUGAGUUAUGAUCAUCUUCCUUCAUUUUUGAAAAAGUGUUUUGCGUAUUGUUCAUUGUUUCCAAAAGAUUUUGAGUUUGACAAGAAAACACUCAUUCAGUUAUGGGUGGCUGAGGGGUUCAUUCAAUCAUCACGUGACAAUAGAUGUGAAGAAGAUGUUGGUCAUGAGUACUUCAUGAAUUUGCUGUCAAUGUCACUUUUCCAAGAUGUGACUUUAGAUGAUUUUGGUGACAUUCUUACUUGUAAAAUGCAUGACCUGGUACAUGAUCUCGCACAACUAGUGGUUGGAAAAGAAUACGCCUUUGUUGAAGGAAAAAAAGAGGACAUUCGAAACAGAACACGUUAUUUGUCUUCUUGUACUUCAUUACAUUUUUUAGAGAAAACAUCAUCAUUUUCCAACAAGUUAAGGACAUUUAUUUUUAUUGGAGAGCCACUUUAUGGAAGUCAAAAUUUCGGUCCUCCGCCAAGUCUUCAUUUUCCUUUUCUCUUAAGCAUGAAGUGCCUACGGGUGUUAACACUCUCUGGGUUGCAUUUGAUAACAAUUCCAAAUAGUAUUCGAGAGUUGAAGCAAUUGAGAUAUCUUGAUCUUUCAAUGAAUAAGUUUCUGGUAAGUCUUCCACUAGAUGUUACUAGCCUACAUAACUUGCAGACUUUAAAACUUUCUCGAUGUGGCGAACUUAAAGAAUUACCCUCAGAUAUCAGCAGAAGUCUUAGGCAUCUUGAAUUGAAUGAUUGUGGGAAAUUGACAUGUAUGCCAUGUGGGUUGGGACAAUUGACCAAUCUUCAAACACUGACACAUUUUUUAUUGGACUCUAAAAGUAAAAACGUUGAUAUAAGUGAAUUGAGUGGGCUAAACAACCUUAGAGGGAAAUUAGUAAUUAAAUGGUUGGAUUCUCUGCGAGAAAAUGCUGCAGUGGUUGAGUCUGCAAACAUAUUACUGGAGAAGCAACAUCUUCAAGAAUUGGAAUUACGGUGGCGGCUCGGUGUGAAUUCAUUGUGGAGGGAUCCUAUUGAGGAGAGGCUAAAGAUGGAAAAUGAAAAGAUCUAUAUAGAUGAGCCAUUGCUGAAGAAAGAUGAAAAGAUAAUGCAAGGCCUGCAGCCACAUCAUUCAAUAAAAAGACUAGUAAUAGAUGGAUAUUGUGGCAAAAGUUUACCAGACUGGAUAGGGAAUCUGUCAUCACUCUUGAGUCUUGAAAUCAGUAAUUGCAAUGGUUUGAAAUCACUGCCUGAUGGAAUUCGGGACCUUGUGUCUUUACAACGACUCUGCAUAUAUAAUUGCUCACUGCUAGAAAAAAGAUGUGCUAGAGGAAAUGGUGUAGAAUGGUCGAAAAUCGCUCAUAUCCCAAAAGUUCUUGUCUCUGCCUUUACACCAACUGAUCUCAGGUAUAUUAAUUGAGUCAAGGACUUGAUGGUGGUUCACUAAUCCAAUUUCCAUGUAUAUUCUUAACUGCAUGUUCUCUGGCCUCCCUACUCUAUUCAUUUAGAUUCCCACAAAGCUUAAAAAUCCACCCCGAUCAUUUGACUUAUUUUGCACUUACCAUCAUUCAAUGUCCAUUCUUCACUUUCUUAGUCUGCAUGACUUAUUUUGUGAUGAAUGGGGAAGAAGGCAGCAACCACUUGUUUGUGCCAAUCACUAUUUUCUAGAUAUGGCUCCAUGGUUCAUACUGCCUUGUCCAAGUUUCUCUGAACGUGUCUAAUUUUUUCUCAAGAAGUUCUGAAUCUGUGAUGAUAUUCUAGUU